UUGUGUCGGAGGCGCGCGAUAUAAAGCGCAAAGCUCCCUUGUGUCGCCUCCACAGCGGAGCUUUCAACAUCACCAGCAGCCGGACAAUCAGAAGCUGACCCUGCACCCGACCAUGACCACCGCACUCUUUUUCAGGCCUGGACUAACUCUUAAGUAACUGUUUGAAUCGCGACCCCUUAAUCUUUAAAACACUCCGCCAGCCUCUCUUUUUUUUUAGUUGCAUCCGUCCUUGCCUCCUUCUAUCCCUUUUCAAAUCACAGCCCGCGGUCAUGGGUUGCGCCGUGUCCUUUUUACCCCGAUUACUUAAGGACUUGACCGUGCAGUGAGGUAGACGCCGGGUGGAUUUAUGGUCCGAAGAGUUGCAAAGAGCAUCCGAAGGAAAUUUGUGGAACUUUGAGCAGCUUGGAGGAUGCAGGGGACGUGUCGGUGCGCCGUGUUCCUCCUCACGCCUGUACUUUACCUGAUUACAAAUGUCCACUCCUCAAAUUCAGAGAUCGUAAAGUCCGGGAGCCCCAAAUCACCUCUCAAGAAUUUAUGGACAGAAAGCAGGAAGGACAUGUCCAUAAGUAGGCUGUUGUUACAGACUCUACAUGGCAAAGAGAACAACACUGCACUGGACCUUCGUUACGAUACCCCAGAGCCCUAUUCAGAACAGGAUCUGUGGGAAUGGUUGAGGAACUCCACCGACCUGCAAGACUCACGGCCCCGGGCUAAACGGCGGCCCAUGGUCAAGACCGGGAAAUUUAAAAAGAUGUUCGGAUGGGGGGACUUCCACUCCAACAUAAAGACAGUCAAACUCAACCUGCUGAUCACCGGUAAGAUUGUGGAUCACGGCAACGGCACGUUUAGUGUCUACUUCCGCCACAACUCCACAGGUCAGGGCAACGUAUCUGUUAGUUUGGUCCCUCCGACUAAGAUAGUGGAGUUCGACGUGGCAGCCCAGCAGUCCGUCAUAGACGCCAAGGACUCCAAGUCCUUCAAUUGCCGCAUCGAGUACGAGAAGGUGGAGAAGGGCGCCAAGAACACGCUCUGCAACUUUGACCCAUCCAAGACGUGUUACCAGGAGCAAACCCAGAGCCAUGUCUCCUGGCUGUGCUCAAAACCUUUUAAAGUCAUUUGCAUCUUCAUUUCCUUCUAUAGCACCGAUUACAAAUUGGUGCAGAAAGUGUGUCCGGACUACAACUACCACAGUGACACUCCUUAUUUUCCAUCUGGCUGAUCUUUUCAUACAAACCGAUGCAAUAUCUUUGACGAGUGAGACGCAGGCCAGGGCUUCGACCCCACCGCUGAGGAAUGCGUAUCCUCUGGAACAUCUGUUUUAUUGCCAUUGGAAUAUGUAGAUAUCAGGGUUUGAUUGAUUGAUUGACCGAUUGAUUCAUUAGACACCAAACAAGCCACAAAGUAGGUAUAUUUGUAUUAUCCAAGAGAUCUAAUAUACGAUACGGUACAAUCUUUUGGAGCAUUGUCAAAUGAUAUUUUUGCUCUGAUUUCAACUUUUUCUCAGACUCGCAACUUUGUUGUUAACAUAUCCAUCGAUCUAUUCUUGAACUAAAGACGGAUGAAAGACAACUUAUUUAGAAAAUAUAACUGUUUAUUAUUAUUAUUAGUCCUCACAAUGCAGUUAAACAUGCUGUGAAGAAUGUAACAUGACUUCAAUGUUUUAUGUGAGGUCUGUGUAGGACUAAAAUGGGUUUGAGCAGAUGCCCCCCCCCAGCCCCCACCCGGCUGAGCUUUAGUGGUAGCACUGAUGAUAACGUGACGAUUUGACUCUGCAACACGGCCGCUCCUCAGCUGUCGAACCAAAUGCUGCUACUCGUCCAAACAGAUUCCCAGCCGACUGCUAACCUGAUGACCUGACUGCAAAAUGAUCAGCGGGUAGUUUGGGGGACUCACUCAUAAUCAACUAAUAUACAUCAGUUAUAGAAAUGUAAUGUCUUGAAUUCAAUAUCUGAUGACCUAAUUUGUAUGAAUGGUUUGUAUUGUAAAUAGUCAAUUCUCCCGCUGCUUCUGUACAGUAUAUGCAUCCCGUGAGCCGUCCGUGUUAUUCCGUUCUUGCUUAGUCGACUAGUCCACCCAUAUGAUGCUUGUUCUUGGUUCCUCUAUCAAAGAAAAUAAUGUGGAUGCCCUAGAUGUGAUUUUACUGGAAACGGCAAGCCUGUACAGAAACCCACGACUCAAAACAGGGUGUCCAAAGAACCAGCCCCCCACCCCUCCCCCAAGAUUACAUUGUUAUAUGUGAACUACUUCAAAUAGAGAAAUCAUAAUAUCUUAGCUUUAUGUUGGGCCUUCCUUCUUUGCGGGUACAUAUCGAGUGAGGAUUUCCGAACUCCAAUUGUAACCUCAGGGGCGUACAAUGAGUUUCUGUAAUGCUACCAUAUACCAUAAGAGACUAUAUGACGUCAUACGGCUCUAGCUACGAAGCAUAAAAGAAUAUGAACGUACCGUUACAUGUUAAAUCCGACGGAAAUUGGGGGUAGCUUUUCUGGACACCCUGUAUGAGACAAGUAUUCAUUAUAAUUGUCUUUGAUGGCAGAGACGGUUGGAGAUGUACAUUUGAAUAAAAAUAGAGGAAAUUAAAUUUUUGACUGA